UGAGGCCCAGGGACGGGAGGGAGCACCCCAGGUCGCAAAGCCUGCUUUCCCAGGGCCGUAGUUCAGCAGCAUCCGAUAACAAAAAUAAGCAUUGUAACAAGUGUCGUACUGUAUUAUUUUGUGUGACAACAAUGAUAACAAGUCACUUGCACACCAUGCCUUGGCUCUGGCAAUACCUGGAUCAGCGACACAGGCACAGGACCGGUGGCUGUGCUCUGAGCCAAGGCCCAGCCCAGCGCAAGGCCGGGCCACGGGGGAGGAGCCUGCAGGCCGCCCGGCCCCUCGGCCCCUGCCCUGGGAGGAAGCGCCCACGAGUAAACACAGCCUCAUCAUCCAGCCCAGCGGGUCUGUCUCAUUCCACCCUGGCCAGAUUGCAGUCAACAGCGCUCUCCCUUCCUGGGAGGAUGAGUGAGCUUCGCGUCCAGGGGAGAUGUGUGCGGGCAAUUCUCAUCUCUGUACCCCUCCUCCUCCUGGGCUGCUGGGGACUCCCCGAUUUCCGGCAGCACUUUCUUCAGGCUUUGGAGCCAGAGGAAGUGACCGCUUACUUUGGCCCUGACGCUGCCUCCUCCGAAGGACCCUGGCUCUCGGCCCUGCCCCCCGCCCCGCCAGGCCAUCCUCCCGCCCCUCGCCUGCGGAGACGGGCUGCCAGGAGCCUCCUGCACCUGGAGCUGCUGGUGGCCGUGGGCCCCGACGUCCACGAGGCUCACCGGGAGGACACGGAGCGCUACGUGCUCACCAACCUCAACAUGGGGUCAGAGCUGCUUAGGGACCCAUCCCUGGGAGCUCAGUUGCGAGUGCACCUGGUGAAGAUGGUCAUCCUGACGCAGCCUGAGGCUGCUCCGAAUAUCACAGCCAACAUCACCGCAUCACUGCUGAGCGUCUGUGAGUGGAGCAGGACGGUCAACCCUGAGGGUGACACGGAUCCCGGCCACGCUGACCUGGUCCUCUACGUCACCAGGUUUGACCUGGAACUGCCUGACGGUAACCGGCAGGUUCGCGGGGUCACCCAGCUGGGCGGUGUCUGCUCCUCCUCCUGGAGCUGCCUUAUCACUGAGGAUACCGGCUUCGAUCUGGGGGUCACCAUCGCCCAUGAGAUUGGGCACAGCUUCGGCCUGGAGCACGACGGCGCGCCGGGCAGCGGCUGCGGGCCCAGCGGCCACGUGAUGGCUUCCGACGGCGCCGCGCCCGCCCGCGGGGGCCCGGCGUGGUCCCCCUGCAGCCGCCGGCAGCUGCUGAGCCUGCUCAGCGCAGGACGGGCGCGCUGCGUGUGGGACCCGCCGGGGCCGCAGUCCCAGCCUGCGGGGCGCCCUCCCGAGGCGCACCCCGGCCUGUACUACGGCGCCGACGAGCAGUGCCGCGUCGCCUUCGGCCCCACGGCGGUCGCUUGCACCUUCCGCAGGGAGCACCUAGACAUGUGCCAGGCUCUCUCCUGCCACACAGACCCUCUGGACCAAAGCAGCUGUAGCCGCCUCCUGAUUCCUGUCCUGGAUGGGACAGAGUGUGGCGUGGGGAAGUGGUGCUCCAAGGGGCACUGCAGCUCCCUGACGGAGCUGGCCCCCGUGGGGGCGGUGCAUGGGCACUGGUCCAGCUGGGGCCCGGCCAGUCCUUGCUCCCGCUCCUGCGGAGGAGGUGUGGUCACCAGGAGACGGCAGUGCAACAACCCCAGACCUGCCUUUGGGGGGCAUGCUUGCGUGGGCGCUGACCUCCAGGCCAAGAUGUGCAACAGCCAGGCCUGCGAGAAGACCCAGCUGGAGUUCAUGUCGGAGCAGUGCACGCAGACCAACGGGGAGCCCCUGCGCCUCUCCCCGGGCAGCACCUCCUUCCACCGCUGGGGCACGGCCGAGCAGUACAGUCGAGGGGACGCUCUGUGUAGAUAUCUGUGCCGGGCCGUUGGCGAGAGCUUCAUCAUGAGGCGUGGGGACAGUUUCCUGGAUGGGACACGGUGUGUGCCAGGCAGCCCCCAGGAGGAUGGGACCCUGAGCCUGUGCGUGUCGGGCAGCUGCAAGACGUUUGGCUGUGACGGCAGGAUGGCCUCCGGGCAGGUGCGAGACGUGUGCCAGGUGUGUGGCGGGGACAACAGCACGUGCCGUCCGCAGAACGGCUCUUUCACGGCCGGAAGAGCCAGAGAAUAUGUCACGUUCCUGACCAUUACCCCCAACCUGACCAGCAUAUACGUCGUCAACCACCGGCCUCUCUUCACGCACCUGGCAGUGAGGAUCCGUGGGCGCUACGUCGUGGCCGGGAACGCGAGCAUCUCUCCCAGCACCACCUACCCCUCCCUCCUGGAGGACAGCCACGUCCGGUACAAAGUGACCCUGGCUGAGGACCGGCUGCCCCGCCUGGAGGAGAUCCGCAUUCAGGGCCCCACGCAGGACGACAUGGAGAUCCAGGUUUACAGGCGCUACGGCGAGGAGUACGGCAGCCUCGCCCGCCCAGACAUCACCUUCACCUACUUCCAGCCCGAGCGUCGGCCGGCCUGGGCGUGGGCUCCCGUGCGGGGGACCUGCUCGGCGAGCUGUGGGGCAGGGCUGCGCUGGGUGACCCACAGCUGUCGGGACCAGGCGGCGAACGAGUGGGCGGAGGCUGCCCGGUGCGCGGGGAGCCGGCAGCCGGCGGCGUGGUCCGAGUCGUGUGCCCCCAGGCCCUGUCCCCCGUCCUGGGCAGCCGGAGACUUCGGCCCGUGCAGUGCCUCCUGCGGAGGGGGCCUGCAGGAGCGGGUGGUGCGCUGCGUGGAGGCCCAGGGCGGCCUCCUGAGGACGGUGCCCCACUCCCGGUGCAGAGCGCUGGCCCAGCAGCCAGCGGCUGUGGAGAGCUGCAAUUCCCAGCCCUGCCCCCGGAGGGAGAUGCCAGAUGCGUGCUCGUCGGCCUGCGGAACAGAUCCGGCCGUGCAGAACACGACGUGUGCGCAGGGGGCCGAUGGCAUGGGGGCGCCGGCGACUGCCGGGCCCUGCUCCGCAGACGAGAAGCCGCCUGCCCUUGAGCCCGCUGUCGAGGUGACACGUCCUCCGGGCUGGGGCCGUGAGAGAACCCUGGACCCUGGAGAGGCCCCCGCGCGGUUGUGCCCCACGCUGACUGCUGAUGCUGACGCAGAGGCCAAGGUGGGGCGUGUGGUGAGGGCAUCCCCUGGAGGCCGGGAAGCACGCUUCCCCGGAAAGGAGCAGCGGGGAGGGGAGGCCUUUGGGGUGCUGCCAGAUGCCCAGUCUCCAGGGGAGAAGGCUGCAGCCCCAGCGGGCAGUGCCAGGCCGGAGGCUCGUGCAGCACACGUGUGGGCUCCCUCAGCGGGGCCGUGCUCCGUCUCCUGUGGUCAAGGCCUGAUGGAGCUGCGUUUCGUGUGCGUGGACUCUGCCCUCAGGUCAGCCGUCCGGGAAGAGCUGUGUGACCUGGCAAAGAAGCCUGGGAGCCGGCGGGAGGUCUGCCAGGCUGCCCCUUGCCCGGCCUGGUGGCGGUACCAGCUGGCGGCCUGCAGCGUGACCUGUGGGGGAGGAGUCGCGCAGAGGAUUCCGUACUGCGCCCGGGCCCACGGAGAGGACGGGGACGAGGAGAUCCUGCCGGAUACCCAGUGCCAGGGGCUGCCUCGCCCAGAGCGGCAGGAGGCCUGCAGCCCGGAGCCCUGCCCGCCCAGGUGGAAGGUCAUGUCCCUUGGCCCAUGUUCAGCCAGCUGUGGUCUCGGGACCGCCAUGCGCGUGGUGGCCUGUGUGCAGCUGGACCAAGGCCAGGACACAGAGGUGGACGGGGCGGCCUGUGUGGGUCUGGUGCGGCCGCAGGCCAGCAUCCCCUGCGCCAUCGCCGACUGCACCUACCGGUGGCACGUCAGCGCCUGGAUGCAGUGUUCCGCCUCGUGUGGGGAUGGCAUCCAGCGCCGGCACGACGCCUGCCUUGGACCCCAGGCCCGGCUGCCCGUGCCAGCCGACUUCUGCCAGCAUUUGCCCAAGCCAGUGACGGUGCGGGGCUGCUGGGCCGGGCCCUGUGCGGGGCAGGGGACACCCAGCCCGGUGCCCCACGAGGAACCCACCGCUCCUGGCCAGACCACAGCUGCCACCGCUUCCCCGGAGUGGCCCCAGCCCCAGGCCCACCUCCUCUCCUCAGCUCCCCGGCCGCAAGGACUCCUGCCCGGGCCCCAGGAAAGCCCAGCAGAGUCCAGUGCCUGUGGCCAGCAGCACCUUGAGCCAACAGGAACCAUUGACAUGCGAGGCCCAGCGCGGGCGGACUGUGCAGUGGCCAUCGGGCGGCCCCUGGGUGAGGUGGUGACCCUCCGAGUCCUCGACAGUUCCCUCAACUGCAGUGCUGGGGAGAUGCUGCUGCUUUGGGGCAGGCUCACGUGGAGGAAGAUGUGCAGGAAGCUGCCCGGCAUGACUUUCAGCUCCAAAGCCAACACGCUGGUGGUGAGGCAGCGUCUCGUGCAGCUGCGAGGCGGAGUGCUGCUUCGGUAUUCGAGCCGGCCUGCCCCGGGAGCCUUCCACCGAGGAUGUGACAUGCAGCUCUUUGGACCCCGGGGUGAAAUCGUGAGUCCAUCAUUGAGUCCGGAUGGGAGGAACGCGGGGGGCUGCCGAAUCUUCAUCGAUGUGGCUCCAGGGGCCCGGAUCGCCAUCCACGCCCUGGCCAUGGACAAGGGCACCAGGACCGAGGGAACUGAUUCCAGCUACAUCUUGAUCCGGGAUAUCCACAGCCUGAGGACAACGACAUUUCGUGGGCAACAGACGCUCUACUGGGAGUCAGAGGGCAGCCAGGCAGAGAUGGAGUUUAGCCAGGGCUUCCUGGAGGCGCACACCAGCCUUCGGGGCCAGUACUGGACCCUCCGGGCUAGAGCUCGUUAGCCUGACGAUGCCCCGCAUUUCCAAGCACAUCCCUCAGUUGACCAGCCGGCACAGUGGGAUGCCUCCUCCCAGUCCGGGAAGGGAAAGGAAGGAACCUGACAUUUAUGAGCACCCGUUAGGUGCCUCGCUUUCCAAUUCGAAUUCCCUCCAACCUUAAGUCGCUCCUUUAGGGCUUCCUCCAACGUGCAAAACGUUAGAGCUUGGGAGGGGAGGCUCUCCGGAAAAGCAGCUCCCAGCCCCUCGGGUACCAAUAAACGGA